CCCGUCGCUUGGAGCGUGGAUUGGGGUUUAGUUACGAGAAGAUACACAUCUGCCCAAAUGAUUGUGUCCUGUUUUGGAAGGAAAAUGCAUUGUUAAAUGAGUGCCCUAAAUGUAAAGCUUCUAGGUGGGAACAAAGCACAAUUCACCAAUGAAGGUUACCAAAAAAAGUUCUCCGAUAUUUCCCCCUUAAGCCACGAUUGCAGAGGCUUUAUAUGUCAAAGAAGACAGCCCAGGCCAUGCGAUGGCAUGUAGAGGGCCGUGUUGAAGAUCCUACAUGCAUGCGACAUCCUUCAGAUUCUAGGGUUUGGAAGGACUUUGAUAACGUACAUGUCAGGUUUUCCGAAGAUCCGAGAAAUGUUAGACUUGGUUUAGCAAGUGAUGGUUUUAACCCAUUCAAUAACAUGAGUAGGCCGUACAGCAUUUGGCCGAUACUUCUUGUGCCUUACAACUUGCCGCCUUGGGCAUGCAUGAAAGAUCCAUACACAAUGUUAUCGUUGCUAAUCCUUGGCCCAAAGUCACCAGGUAAUGAUAUUGAUGUGUUCUUGCGUCCUCUCCUUGAUGAGUUGAAGGAGUUAUGGGUAGAGGGUAUUCAUACCUAUGAUGCGUACAGUGGGCAAGACUUUACGUUGCAUGCAGCUCUACUUUGGACUAUCAAUGACUUCCCCGCAUAUGCCAAUCUUUCCGGUUGGAGCACGAAAGGCAAGUUGGCAUGCCCGUAUUGUACAUCUGACACAAAUUCUCAAUGGCUGGUAUAUGGCCGCAAACAUUGCUAUAUGGGUCAUCGACGAUGGUUGCCCCUAGAUCACAUUUGGAGACGCAAGAAAAAUGCAUUUAAUGGGUAUGAAGAGCACCAACUCCAACCAUCAAGGGUCGAGGGAGAGGAAUUGCUAGAACAAUUAAGUCAGGUGUCACAUUUUCAGUUGGGUAAAUCUUCUUCGAAGAGGAAACGAACGGCCAAUCAUCUUAACUGGACCAAAAAAUCCAUAUUUUUUGAGCUUCCCUACUGGUUAUCCUUGGGUUUGAGACAUAACCUGGACGUAAUGCAUAUUGAAAAAAACAUAUGCGAUAAUGUGUUGGGAACUUUGUUGAACAUUGAAGGGAAAACUAAGGACUCUGCCAAUGCGCGUAGGGAUUUGGCAAAUCUCGGAAUAAGGAAAGAAUUGCAUUUACAACAUGAUGGCGAGUCUGAGAGAAUGGGUCUUGGUUGCUACAUGUUAAAUUUAAAUGAGCGAAGGGCUUUUUGUGCAUGGUUGUGCAAAGUGAAAUUCCCUAAUGGGUUUGCAUCGAAUAUAGGCCGGUGUGUCAAUGCUAGUGAGGGAAAGAUCAGUGGAAUGAAGAGCCAUGACUGUCAUGUCUUUAUGCAACAACUAUUGCCAGUUGUUAUAGGCAAGUUCUUACGGGCCGAUGUGCGUCAAGCCUUAAUAGAGUUGAGUGCAUUCUUCAAAGAAUUAUGUUGCCGAACUUUGAACCUAUCAGUGUUGCAUCGACUUCAAGCUAAUAUUCCCAUCAUUCUGUGCAAACUAGAAAUGAUUUUCCCUCCAGCUUUUUUUGAUAUCAUGGUACACCUAUCUAUUCACUUGCCAGAAGAGGCUCUUCUAGCUGGACCCGUGCAAUAUAGAUGGAUGUAUCCGUUUGAGAGGUAUUUAGGAAAGUUCAAGCGGUACGUCCGAAACAGAGCUAGGCCUGAAGGCUCAAUCGCUGAGGCAUAUGUGCAUCUCGAGUGCCUCACCUUUUGCUCUAUGUACCUUCAUGAUAUAGAAACUAAAUAUCAUCGAGAGGAACGCAAUACUGAUGUACCCAUUGAUGGGCCUGAGUCGGGAAAUGCUGGAAGUUUAUCUGUUUUCUCUCAAAAGGUUAGGCCAUUGGGGACUGCGUACUCACAUAAAUUAGCCGACACACUAAUGGUCAAGGCCCGAUGGUAUAUACUAAAUAAUUGCCUGGAGGUUGAGCAAUACAUUGAGUAUGUACAUCCAUCUUGAAUUACUAACUUUAGUAAUGGGUACCUAAUUGUUACUAGUCUCCAAUGUAACAAUUCCAUGCACUGCUUCACAGGGAUCACUAUAACAAGAUUGUUGAAGAGGACCCUCAUAACAUCGACCGUAGGCACCAGCGUCAAUUUCACGCGUGGUUUAGAGCACGCAUUCGAGAGAAACGUGCAGUGGCUCCAACGACGAUUUCUGAUGAGUUAUAUGCAUUAGCAUGUGGACCAGAACCGACAGUCGCAUCUUAUGCAGGAUGCAUAAUGAAUGGUGUUCGAUUUCAUACUAAGGAGCGGGAAAGGCAUUGCCGCACUCAAAACUGCGGGGUGGUGGUUCAUGGAGAGCAUCAGGGAUCCCCUUGUGACUUCUACGGUGUUCUGAAUGAUAUAAUAGAAAUACGCUACAUGGGUUGGCGCAAGGUUUAUCUUUUUCAAUGCACUUGGUAUGCCGUUGGUGACCCAAGAAGGGGGAUACGUGUCAGGGACCACUUAACCAUAGUGAAUACGGAUAGGCAAUGGUAUAAAGAUGAGCCCUUCGCACUUGCGUGCCAAGCAAUGCAAGUAUUUUACCUGUCCGAUCCGAUCUUGGGAGGAAGUUGGAAUGUCGUGCAAAAGGUUACAAGUAGGAAUGUUUAUAACAUUCGCGCAAUGGCCCAAGUUGAAGAGAUGCUGGAUGAUGCUGAGUCAUCAGGGGAUGACCUUGAUGUCGAUGAGGGGGGGAAUUUGAACAACUAUCCCCCUAGUCUUGCUGUCGAUGAAGCCAUGCCCGAACCACUUAUCCGAGUCGAUGAGGAGCAUUUGGCCGUUGCUCCAACCUCCAUCUCAGCUCGGGGCCCGGCCCAACCAGUUGACGAUGAAGCGACACUGGACGACAUAAGUUCCAAUGAUAACUCUGAUAACGACACCACCCAUCAGCCAAUUGGGGAGACAGAUGAUUCUGAUGAUUAAGUGCUUGCACUUUAAAGCUAAUGAGGUCUACGCUACCAACAGCUCGGGCUCCAUUGUAACGUAUUUGUCGCUAUGUUAUCGUUGAUGGAUCUCCUUUCCCUGCCACCAAGUGAUGGGUUUCCGGGGUCACAACACUAUAUAUAUUUACAGUUGCUUAAUUAUAUAUCAUCUAAGUAAUAUUAACAGAUUAUAAUACAUUUUGUAACUAAGAAUACUUGUGCUAUCUUCACUAGCAUGUUGGUUGCUCGUUUGGAAUUAGUAAAUUUCAGUGCAAUUUCAUUGGCAGGCUGCAUAUAUCAUUUCAUGCUCUGUUGCUAGAUGUUUGUUGCAGAUAAUUGUCCAUAACUCUAAUAUACUUGACUAAUCAAUUAAACUUUUCAUGUUUUUUCCUCUAACAUAUAGUGGAAAGUGCAGUAAUACCAACUUGGAUUUCUGUCCACAAAUAUUGCAAAGGUUAUUAUGGUCGACUAUGGUAGGGAUAAAGUUUUUUUGCAUAAAGGCCUUAUGCAACAUAUGGUAUAGGGUAUUUAAACUGUUCAUCAUAUUACGACAAUUAGAUGAAUUCUGGUCUGAAUUAAUUUUGUGGGCUGACUUCCAUGUGCAGGACCUUGGGCGGUUGGCAUAUCCUUGGUCAUAACCAGACCACUUUCUCCCAGUCUGGAUGCAACAAGGUGGCUGUUCAAGCAAGGAAAUUUGUUAGUCCCCCAUAAGAUGGUCAGAAGAAGCAGUAGGAUUUCCCAGCUACCAUCUUACCCAAAGAUGAGGAGAUCAAUAAAGUUUCGGGGGGGCCGAGUCAGACAUGGAAGGGCUGAGAUAUGCCGCAGCCAAGAGCAAGAACCAGAGGCACCGGAUCCGAGAACCAUGUUGCGGGACGAGCCGUUACCAGAUGAUUCAACUGAGGAUGUAGGAGGAGCUGUGCAAAUAGAAGGGGCAUUGGUUGCUCCAGAAGUUGAAGAGGAUGUUGUCCCUAACACAAAACCAGCUACUAAGAAAAGAGGUAGAGGGCCAGCGAAGGGCACGCUAUUUAAAAGAAUGAGGAAAGUGGGUAAGAUACCUCUGGUUAUACAAGAUGGUCAUCGGGGGCCAUCAUGUGAGAAUGCUUGCUUAUUCACUGGACGACUAACGGAGAUAAUUAAAGUUUAUGCCGACAUGAGGCAUGCUAGUUGGAGUCGUGUACCUGAAGACGAGAAGACAGAGCUGAUAGACCGUGUUAGGGCUGAUUUUGUUCUUGACUGGAGUAGAGACAACCAUCGUGAGAUGGUUUCCAACCAUUUGGCAGAUAAGUACAAUACUUAUAAUUAUGUACUACAUAAAAUUUAUUUAAAAUAUGCAUCACAUCAAGAGGCCCUACGUGGUGGGACGGACAAGGUGGAGAAAAAUGUUUGGGAAAAGCUAUGUGAAUACUGGGCAAGUGCAGCAUUCAAGGUAAACCAGUCUGUGAAUUUAUAG